CCCUUCAACGCGAACUGGAUAGAGUCGAACACCUUCGUCUUCUACCAGGCUUCCCACCGAAGGAGAGAGCCGGCUAUGGCCAUGGCGGCCUCCCCAUUCCUCAUCUUGCCAUCCUUAUUCCCCAAGCCCACCAUCCUCGCCGCGCGCAUCCACCCCAGCAUCUUCCGAGGCCGCCAUAUUCGCUGCUCCCCGAACGGCGCCGCCGUACCGGAAUCCCCUGAACCCGCCCCACGCCGCGGGCGCAGGAAGUCCCCAUCCCCGUCGCCGCCGAAGGCGAAGACCACGAGGCGCAGGACCAAGAAGAAUACGCAGGAGUCUGAUUCAGAGGGCGAGGAGGAGCCGCCGAAGCGGCGGGGCCGUCGGACAAGGAAAUCCAAGCAAGAGGCCGAGCAGGAGGCGGCGGAGAAGGAGGAUGAGGUCCGGGCGGCGAGCCCCGGAACGGAGGAUUCGAAGAGAGCGGUCCAAGAUGAGGAUGGGGAGGCGGAGGCGACGGGGAGCGACUCCGAAGACGGGGAGGAUUCGCCGUACGACUGGCCGCCGCUGGUGUGCUGCUUCGGGGCGCCGCGGUGGGAGUUCGUCCCGACGGUGCGGGUGUCGGACCGGCAGAUGCACCCGGACAUAUACUCCACGUGGCUGCAUCUGCAGUGGGAGCCUCCGGAGUUCGCGCGCGCGCCGGGGAGCGCGGCGAGCAACGUGGCCAUCGCGCUCACCAGGCUCGGCGGCCGCGCCGCGGUGCUCGGCAAGGUCGGUGACGACGACUUCGGCCGCGAGCUUGUGUACCGCAUGAACUGCGAGCGAGUGCAGACGCGCGCCAUCAGGUUCGACGACGGCGCGGCCACGGCCACUGCGCGCAUGAAGGUCGGGUUCCGGGACCGUGAGGACGGCAGCGGCGGAACGAGGCUUGUGGCUGAGACGGUGAAGAGCGCUGCCGAGGACUCCCUCAGCAAGGCUGAGAUCAAUGUGGAUGUUUUGAAAGAGGCUAGAGUGUUCCAUUUCAAUUCAGAGGUCCUAUUGACUCCCUCAAUGGAAAGCACACUCUUCAGAGCAAUUGAACUGUCCAAGAAAUUUGGAAGUAAAAUAUUCUUUGAUCUUAACUUGCCAUUGCCUUUGUGGAGGUCAAGGGAUGAAACAAAGGAGUUGAUAAACAAGGCAUGGAAUGAGGCUGAUAUUAUAGAGGUGUCAAGGGAUGAGUUGGAAUUCCUCCUUGAUCACGAGUACUAUCAAUAUAAGCGUGCCAAUCCACCUCAGUAUUAUCUGGAUGGUUUUCAUCUAACAAGGAACUGGCCACAGUACUACCAUUACACCCCCGAAGAAAUUGCUCCCAUUUGGCAUGAUGGGAUAAAACUCUUGCUUGUGACAUACGGAACACUUAGGAUCCACUACUACACACCCAAGUUUCAUGGCUGCGUGAUUGGGACGGAGGAUGCACUCAUAACUCCAUACACAACUGACCGGACAGGUUCUGGAGAUGCUGUUGUUGCUGCUGCUAUUAGAAAAUUGACGUCUUGUCCUGAGAUGUAUGAGGACCAGGAUACAUUGGAGAGGAAUCUGAGAUUCGCUGUUGCUGCCGGAAUCAUUUCGCAAUGGACUAUUGGUGCUGUGCGAGGAUUCCCUACUGAGAGUGCUGCCCAGAACUUGAAGGAGCAAGUAUAUGUGCCUUCUAUGUGGUGACUGGCGGACUGGUAAUCAUUUGUGAUUAAAAGAACAAUGCUCAUGAUAUACAAGUGUAUUUCAUGAGUGCUGCAACAGAGGUGGUCAAGGGAAAAGUUUUACCAAAACAGCUUACAGGCUUUUCAGGUAUCAUCCUAUCGUCCGUUCCAUAUUGUUUCAGUGUUCAGUUUUAGUUGGAAAAAUGUGUCUGCCACUUGGAGGCUUCCAUUGCUUUACAGUUUUGAAGAGCUAUGUUUACCUAUUGACUUCCAUGGUAGGGAUGCAAGUGUCUAACCCACUGACCCAUGUCACUAAAUUGGUGCUUCUUUUUCUGCACACAUUUAUGUUAGUGAUAAAGCUAAAUAAUCAGAAUGAAGUCACAAUUUCUGAAAUUGACUUAGUUUCACACAUUCAAGGAAACUUAACAGGGAAUGUGUUUAAGAAUUAAGAACAACAGUACUCUGUUUGAGAGGAACUGGCAACAUGGAUGAUAUUUAGUUAUGAUAUCGAGGAUGAUUGAUAUGAAAUGGAGCAAAGCAUAGAAAUCCAAAACAAUCAACUGAACUUAGUGAUAAAAUGUUUGUUGGCAUCAUGGCAGCACAAAUUCCUAAAGCAAACUUGAAAUGCAAAGACUCAAUGGAAUGAAAUAAACUAAAAAAGAAUUUACCAUUCAUCACUUGUUUCUUCUUGGGUACAUCCUGCUCUCUCUAUAUACAUCAUACAUGCCUAUCUGAAUAAAGCUGCAAUUUUGGGAUGAAUACAAAAUAUAAAAAGAGGACAGACUGUACAUAUGGAGUGUGUGAAGUGUGAACUACAUACAUGCACUAAAAAAGGUAUUCUUUCAAGCUAUCCCAUCACUUCUGGCACAUCUAUGCUUUGCUGGUAUUUAAAAUCUUUUUUACUCUUCCGUUUCCUGUAUACUUGAAUAAAUAAUCAACUGGAGAUGCAGAUCUCAGACGAUAAUAAAUGGACCUGCCCCUCCUGCUUCCUUUUCUAUGAAUGAUGGCUGCAUACACUGUUAAUCUAGGAAAAUUAUCUGUGGGCUGUCCCUGUCCAUUACCAGUGUAAUUCUUUGUUAGAAGAUUUUGUGUUUGUAUAUCCAUGCUACAUCAGGGAAGUGGUUGGAACUUUUGAAGACAAUAAUAUCACAUCCUCUUCAUAACAAAUCAGCGUCAUUUAAUCCUUUGCAUUCUUUUGCACAAGCAGCCUGGAAGGGGAUUUGCGUAGAAGUACUCCUCUUGCCUAGGACUUCGACCAGAUAACCUCUGAUAUGGACCCCCAAGUCUGUUUUCAUGAUGUAUCUUCACUUCACUUUGGAACUCAUUCCAUGUUAGUGUACCUUCAUCAAGCUUGUCAAUGAGUCCCACAAGCUUCUGCCUACAAUCAGUUAAAAAA